AUGCGCAGAGUCACCAUUAACGAUCCUACCACGAAUAGAACCGCACCACAGCAGCCGAGACAAAGAUGCCCCGAAGGCCUGGAAUCCUACCUGGUGGAGCCCAGACCUCAGAAACAUCUGCCGAGCAGCCGGAGACGAACAUCAGAAACAAGCAGCACCAGUAUUCCGGUCUACGACCAGGUGCAGCCAGAAAUCUUCGAAGAAUAUAUGAAGACCACCGAGAACACGUCCCCGUUGAGUUUCCUUUCAUCUCGGCUGUCGCAGUUCACGAAGGCCACUAGAAUCUUCACCACCAGAGACUACACCCACACCAAUGUUGCAGCUGAUCAGGACAAUAUAUUGCGGGGGGAUACACGGAAGUAGCCUGGUCCUCUCCUGAACACCCCGUCUACUUGA